AUGGGAUGCUGCGAAUCGAGAGAAGUAAAAUCCAUUCAGAGAAGCAUUAAAAAUAACAGAACUAUAGAGUUUCUAAAUGUACCUUUAAUCUCGGAAGCCAAAAUGCUUCAGAUUAGCCACCUAAGGGAAAAAGGAGACACAAAAGCUUUAGAAAUAGUCGAAUAUAUUGACGAGCUAAAUAGAGCAAAUAACUGGAAAAAUGUUAAAAAUGACGGAUGGAUAAAAAUUCAAAAAAUCGAUGGAAGUAAAUAUAACCCAGAUUAUCCUGUCAGUAAAAUAUGGUUUCAUCUUGAAGAAAGAUUGCCGUUAUAUAUGAUUUUAGACCAUCUAAAUUCACCUAUAAAAAGAGUGUCUUGAGACAAAAACUUUAAAUCCUAUGAAAUCAUUGAUGGGGAUAUCCAGAAUUGCUAUACUCUCUAUUAUUCUCUUUCUUUACUUGGAUACAAAGGUGAUUAUAUUGAAAAGCGAAUUAUAGGAAUUCAUAAUCAUAUGGUGGUGGUUGUAUAUUAUUCAGUUGACCAUGAGCUAAAGCCAGAAAUCAAACAGUUUUCAAGAGGGGUCAUACAUAUUGGUUUUUUAACAAUAGAAGUUGUAGAUGGGAGAACUGAGCUGUGCUUUUAUAACCAAGUUGACCCGAAUUACAAAUUAAGUAAGCUAUUCGCACACAUAGGAGUCAGUAAAUCAGAUGAAUGAUGCAAGAAAUUCAAAAAUAUUUUAAUUAGGUCGAAUGCUGAGAGAAAAUUAAUUUCAGAAGAGUAUCUUGAAAUACAGGGAUGGCCGAUAAUUUUGGGUGAAAAAUCUUAA